UACGGCAAGCGGGGAGGGUCCGAUUUGAUGAAACACUUGGCUGUCGCGCUGCUGCUGAGCAACGACGAUGUCGGAGCAGGAGUCUCUGAGGCUCUCCAGCGCCAGAAACCGUGGAGGCGUACAGAGGGUGGAGGGCAAACUGCGGGCGAGCGUAGAAAAAGGGGAUUACUAUGAAGCACACCAGAUGUACAGGACAUUAUUUUUUAGGUAAGUCCUUGAUUUAGGUUCGUUGGUUCGGUUGUAAUUGUCAUUUGGCUUUGGGGCCUGCCUCUUCCAGAUCAUUCUGCUGUCAACCUUGCUUAUAUGCCUGUCGUUUUAUGAUUGGACGAAAAUCACAGAGAACCCACCCACUCAUGUCGGUAAGCAUGUCUGAGUGGACAGCUGUGAUGUCAAUCUGCGGCAGUCACAAAAUGGGACUGUCAACCACAGCUAGUGUGCUAGCUACGUGUUUAGCAACACAACUAAUGAUAACCGAGUUAGCUUUACUACAAAUGCAGAAAAGUCAGUCACACUGUGGUGAGCUCAUUGUAAAGAUAUUUGACGUGACAGUCACGAAAUACUUACAGUGUGUGUAAAUUAAAUCUUUGUUUAUUGUUUGAAAUUCCCAAACGUCGUUGAGGCUGUCCAGCUGUGUUAGCAUUCAUCCAGACAGUCUAUACACCGAUACACUGCAACACUAUCACAGUCUGACAUAAGAAAGAAAAACCUGUUUUUACCUGCUGUCAAAUAUGUCUGUUUCAGUCAUGAAUGUAAGCCUGUAAUGCCUAUAUGGCCAUCAAUAAUAUUCAAGGAACCAGGGACUCUACCUGAAACAGUCACACCUGUUUACCUGUACACACUCACACACACCUGUGAUUACUCAUAGAUACCAGUAACAGCAUAUUAAACAAUAUGGAUGCUGUUUAGAUGAUAGUCAUAUUUCUGUUCAAUGAGGAUAGUGACGCUAGUCAAAUCUAGCUACUCAAUAUCUCAAUAUAAAUGAUUGUUUCCACCUUACGUCAUUAUUAACUAGGGCCCGACUGAUAUGGAAUUUUGGGGGCCGAUGCCGAUACCGAUUAUUAGGGGGGGAAAUCCGAUUACCGAUUAAUCGACCGAUUUUUGAAUGUUUUUUUUAAUGAAGUUACAGAAAUAUAUAUAUAUAUAUAUAUAUAUAUAUAUAUAUAUAUAUAUAUACACAUAUACUGUAGGCUAUAUACUGUAGGCUACUGCUCUUCACGCCGACCGGAAGACCCACCGACUGAUCAAACUCAGACCAGAGAAGCGUUUUCAACUAUUUUUUUUACCAACUUGUCCACAAACAAAACCAAACCAAACUUAACAAGACUCCACUUGAUUACAAUACACAGCAAAAGUAUAGAGCAAAACUAAUACAGGAAAUAGAAACAAACUGCAAAAUAAAAUAAAGAUGACAAAAUAAGUAAGUAAAUAAAAACAACAUAACAAAACAUAGGGGUGUGGCAAAAGAACAAUGCCAAGAUUUUUGGUUUUAAAGGGAUAUUCUGGUGUAAAAUUAAUUUAAUUUAGAGUAAACACACCGUUACACUGAGUUAGACACCCCCUUUAGAGGUGAAUGUUGCCGACCGGUUGCUUCUCUAAAUACCAACCAAAAAGCCACUCUAUAGCCACAAAUAAUGUUCAGAACAGCACCUAACUUCAUCAGCAGCACAUAUUGGGUCCUAGCCACAGCAGUAGCCGCUUGUUUGUAGUGAGACCUCGGGCCAGUCCAUUACGGACUGCUGCGUGGUGACGCAGCUCAAGGAAGAACAUUUAUGAUCAUAACUUUAUCAUUUCCUUGAAGUAAUAAUCCCCCUGUUUAUGAUUUUCCACUGCAGACGCGGUAGUUCUUCUGCCUAAGCGUCUCGGUCUGAUUGCAUUUUAAUGAAGAAAUGAUCAUAAAUUUUAAAGAGGUACUCUAUGUCCAGUCAAAAUAUUUUGAUGUAUAGAUAUCCAAGUUUCAUAUUUGAUUUUGCAAAACACAUAUGCCAUUCUUUUAAAUCUUUAAGUGCCGUGUCAGCACCCCACUCUCUCUCAGAGUUUGGUCCAAAAUCCCCCUCAAUCAAUUCUGUCCAGCAAUCUGAAAUUGUUGCGUGAGAAAAGUAAUAUGAGGUCAAAUUUACAGAUUCAUUAUUCCGUACACAUGAUAAUCGGACAUGGUUGUCUUAGCCAAUAUGUCAGUGCCAUACAAUACUAUCUUACAACACUGAUCAGUGACUGUUUUGGAUUUGAUAUGCUACUAACAGGUGAUGGGAAAGAUGUGUUAUCAAUUAAAAAAAUGGUGAUAUCAGCCUUGUGAGGGUCGAUGCUGAUUAUGUCCAACUGCCGUUAAUUAGCCGUCUCAUUGAUUACUCUAUUGGCCCUAAUUCAAAUCUGUCUAAGAUCUCAAACAAGGGUGAACACUCAUUAUGUUGCUGUCCCUUAUCAGGAUAGUAGUAAGCGAUGCAAACAAAGCUCGUGUAAAUCUUGGUAAGCAGUAGUGGGUAAUAUCAACUUAUUGGUAAUGUUGGCUCUCUUCUCUCUCAUCAGGUACAUGUCACAGGCAAAACAUGCUGAAGCCAGGGAGCUGAUGUACAAUGGAGCUCUACUCUUCUUCAGCUAUAACCAGGUAGAUGCACAUCAAGAUUUCUCUAUAGCAAAAUUUGUUAUGGAAAGUGUUAAGUGUGCCAAUACUAUGUGUGAAACUAAACAGCUGAGUGACUGUUAGUUUUAUGUUUUCAUAUAAUCCAAAAAGUAAUGUCCUUUUAGUAAUGUACAAAUGAAACAACUUAACUCAUAUGUCAAUGUUUAUCAGGUCCAUCUUUGUUUGCAAUUGUGUUCAGAACCAUCAUAACUAUUAUUAAAUAAUUUUUGUUGUGUGUUUGUUUCCAGCAAAACAGUGCAGCAGACCUGUCCAUGUUGGUUCUGGAGGUGUUGGAGAAAUCUGAGACAAAAGUUGAAGAUGAUAUAUUAGGUAAGUUAGAACCAUCAGAUAUUUUUUGACAGGAAGAAUGGUUAGUAAGUAGAGUAGUUUAUGAGUAGUACAUUCUAUAUUUAAUCUCCUCAUAUUGACCUCAUCAGUUGUGUGGUGACAAUGCUUCCUAAUGUGUCACUGUUCUGUUAAGACUACUUAAAAGCUGUUUUUACAUCAAUAUGGGAGCACAAUGAAUCAGUAAAAUGUUUUUAAUCUGUAAAAAAAAACGAUUUCUUUGCCACUGGAAGAUAUUUUGAAACACACUCUAAGCAAUGUAGAAAGUACUGUUCAUUUUAUGGCUGUAUAAAAUGCUUAACAAGAGUAAUGCAUCCAUUCAUCGCUUUAAAUGCUGACUAAAAAGAUUCCCUUUUGUAAGAGGGUUGACAGUGUUCGCUUUAUUUACUCUGUAUCUUGAGGCAUUUUUGACAGCUCUUAAUUUAUUAUGGCUUGGCCUCUGUGUAAAUGAACUAUAAUGAUGUACUGUUGCUUGGCCAUACUGUACUAACCUGCUUGAAACUUUUGAAACAGCUGUAAUCUGGAGAAUCACUUCUGUGAGCAUCAGCAUUAAAUUGUCGACAUUCAGAGAGCUCUGAGUGACAGAAGACAGCAUUAUAGCACAUGUCACUUAAGAAAGGACAUCAUUUGAUUGUAAUGGGGUUAUGUCUGUGUGUGUGUGUGUGUUUUGAGCAGAAAGCUUGGCUAAGUUGUUCAGUCGGAUGGACCAGAACUCCCCAGAGAGAGUAGCGUUUGUGUCCAGAGCCUUGAAAUGGUCCACAGGAGGAUCUGGCAAGUUGGGUCACCCAAAACUACACCAGCUGCUGGCUGUCACCUUGUGGAAAGGUAAUCCAUCCAUCACUGAGUGUAUAAAGUGCAGAGGGUAAUAACCAAUUGUUAUCACAGGUGACAUUCAUGCAAGAUUUAACCACAUGAAAGACUGUGUUCAGUAUUUGAACUUUUAAAAAUGAUGUUUUUUAAACUGUUAAAAUAAUCUCAGUUAUUCAGACAUCUGCGUCUGUCAAAAGUCUGAUUUUCUCAAGGUACUUUUGUCAAGUAGAAUUUAACAAACAGUGGCUAAUAUAUUAUGACAAAGAGUAAAGUGCUGUUUCAGUAAAAUUUGAUCAAUUGAUUGAUAUGUAUAAUAGGCAUUAACUCCAUCAACAAAUCCAUCACUAAGCCCCGAUGCCUGCCUCUGACCUUUAAUCAAAGACACAUUGAAGCUGUUCAAAUGGUUCUUCUACAAAGCAAAUUUGACAGAGUCAGACUUUCUUCUUUUUCUUUCUUAUUUAAUUAGCCGGUUUGACAAAAUUUGAAAACCCCCUCCAUAGAGACCUGGCAUCACAAAGGUUUUCCUCCACCUGGUGUUGUGCUAACAAAAGGAGUAUUCAUGUCAUCUAUGUGUUAUUUCUACAUCAGCCACAAAAUUAAGAGAUCGUAUUGAAGGCUGUAGAAGAAGUUGUUGUUUUUGUUGAUAACUACUCAAGGUGAAUCAGCAAGAAGUAAGACUGUUUCAAGCAAGACUGUUUUCAUAUGAAUUGCAGAAAGAGUGCUGCACUUGCUGUGUUUGAUAAAUCAGUAUAUUAAUAUUCAUAUAUGUCAUUAAACCAUUUCAAACACUUUGAUGUUCUGAGUCUGCAGUAGGACUGUAAAGCAGCUCUGCCAUCAUCAUGCUUCUGUUGAUUCGCUAUGACAUAAUCUUAGUGUCUCUCCCUGUGUUACCGCAGUGUUGUGUGUAUUAUAGAAGCAAAAGAGGUAUACACACACACGCUCAGACAUGCACACACACACGCAGCACCGUCCUACCACUGGCUCACAGUGAUAUCGACUUGUCCCUGUAAUGCCUCUGUAACCUCCUCCAAUGCUGUCACACUGGUGGGACCACUUUGUCAUCCUACCUCUGUGACAUUUACAUUAAAGGUGAGACAUUAUAUGGGUGCAAAUAUCCUGCCUUGGAUUUGCAAUGGGAAAAAAGUGAAUGCCUCCUAUGUUGUCUAAUCUGCUCGUUUAAACAACCCUCAAACACAAAACUUUUUAUACAGACAUAGGGCUGGGCGAUAAACCAAAAAUUUACCAAUACUGAAAUUUAUGACAAUAACCAGCAUAAUUUUGUCUAUGUCAGUAUAUUUGUGGUCAAAAAAAUAAAUAAAUAAAAAUUAGUUUAUGAUGUGUGUAGGUAGGCUAUGGUCUCAUGUCCCUUUAAGACGCUGUCCUACGUCAGAGACGUGACUCCACCCCAUCCAGUCUGUCACAAAGAGGGAAAGACAGACGAGGAGAUGGAGGACGGUUCAAAAGUUGCAGCGGCUGAAGUAGACAAAGUUAAUGUGGGAUUAAGUUUGUGGAGUAGUUAUGGUCUGUUUAUUGUUAUCAAGGUGAACUGCUCAAUAUAUCGUGAUAUUGAUUUGAGGCCAUAUCGCCCAGCCCUAUCGAGACAUACAGAAGAGCUGCAUUCUGUCGUGAAGUUUAGAGAGUUUUGUUGUUGUGCUCUGUGUGUCAACAUUUCCAGGUUAAAAGUGAGGCAAUGACAGUAACUUCACAACAUGACAGUGACUCAUCCUAACUUCUCAGAACACUCUAAAUCAAAAUAAUGUGUUCCUGUUGUGUGUUUUUUUUUUGUCCAGAGCAAAACUACAGUGAGUCUCGUUACCACUUCUUGCAUUCAUCUGAUGGGGAGGGCUGUGCGCAGAUGCUGGUGGAGUAUUCAGCCUCACGAGGCUUCCGCAGCGAGGUCGACAUGUUUGUGGCGCAGGCCGUCUUACAGUAAGUGUCGUGAUGUUGCUGUGUUCUGAACACAGAGAUCUAUUUGUGGCAUCGUAGUGUAAACACAAAAUCACCAUUUAGAAAGAAUAUUAAGACUGUAUGGUUCUGUAUUUGUGUAUAUGUGGUGUUAAAAUUUAUAGUGAUGUAUCCUCCACCAGCUUGUUUACCUGCAGUCGUAUAAUUUUUCUGCCUAAGCAGCGUUUUUAAAGCGACUCUAACGUCUCUCCUCUAUCAUCUUUUCCUCUCUCCUCUCAUCCCGUGGUUCACACUCUGUCACGUUUUCUUUCUCAUCCUCUCCUUUUUGUUUGUAUCCUCUGGCUCUUUUCUAUUUCUGUCCCUCCUUCCUGCAAACCUCCACCCUCCAGGUUUCUCUGCUUAAAGAACAAAAACAGCGCUUCCGUGGUGUUCAGCACAUACACAGAAAAACACCCGUCCAUAGAGAAGGGCCCUCCCUUCGUCCAGCCUCUACUAAACUUUAUCUGGUUUCUGCUGCUGGCAGUGGAUGGGUGAGGAAAAGAUCAUUUUACACUCAAACUAGUCCAACCUGCAUCAAUGUGAUAUUACUCACUCAUACAUAAUGAGCCUAGAAAAAGCUGUUAAAGAUAGGAUUGUCUUCUUAUGUAUGACUCCUCUGUUUGUUUUUCUAAAAUAGCUUGACUUUUAGUGUUAAAAAUGUGUCUAAUUGUUUCUUCAGGGGUAAAUUAACAGUUUUCACAGUGUUAUGUGAGCAAUAUCAACCUUCCCUGAAGAGGGAUCCCAUGUAUAAUGAGGUGAGUGCUUUGCUCAGUGAUAUCUUUCCAUGAAUCAUUUCUGGCCUUCAGUCAUGUGACAGCAGCUGCAUUACAUUAUCAUGUGAUAUAUUCCUGCCUAAUUUAUUUAUAACUUUCGCUAAGUAAAGAUGAUUACAGCCCCCUUUUUCAUGGAAAGUAUCUUCUUUUAAAUCCAUGUUUUCUUUCUCUCUCCUCCUCUAGUAUCUGGACAGAAUAGGACAGCUUUUCUUUGGAGUUCCACCUAAACAGUCUCCAUCAUAUGGUGGACUGCUAGGUGAGUAAAACAGGAUGUUGAUGGGAAGGUUUCUUUUUUUUGUUCUCUACAAUAGUCAUAGUAAUAGUCAUACAUAUAAAUAUACAAAUUUUUUCUAACUGUAAUAUAUCAGAAACUGUACAUAACAGCUGUAAAUAACACUCAUGCAUAUGGGUCGAUGACGUGACGCCUAAAUACUCUGUCUGGUUGUAUUUUUUUGAAGUUAAAACAGGUUUAAAUGCACAAAAAUAAACUUUCUAUAUGUAGUAUCUCUCUCAUAUAUGUAGUCACUUCAACUUUUAAAAAAUCAGGUCUUAUUUGUAAUUUUUCUGAACUUCAAAGUGUCAAAAUAUCAUGCGGUGCAACCAAUAAUAACAUUAAUUGUAUUGCAUACAAACUCAAAUAUCUAAUUUCCGUAACUGAAACAUUAAUACCUGAUACAAUAUGCUUAAGUGAAAGGUAGUUUUAAAACAUUUUUAUCAUUAUUAUGCAAUUUAAGCCAGUUAACUACAUUUAAUAUAGUGACUGACAUUAUAGAGCUAAAAUGUGAGAUCAUUAUUUGCAAAAACUCAAAUGAAAUGCAAACACUUCGUCAGUAAUAUCAAGUAGAUAGAAACAAUUUGUAAAAAACUAUUAAGUAUGUUAAAAAAAUUAUUUUGAGAUAAAUGAUGGUCGCACCACAUGACAUUUUUUAAAGCCACGGGCAAUUCAUCUGUAUGAAAAAACUCUAAAAUUGCGAAAUUUAAAAAUGUAACAUUAAUAUUUGUAUACACAACAUCCUUAGUGUUUGAAAUUUUGCAAAAUAUAUUCUUAUUUUUGCUAUUUUAAAAUUGGCAUGUUUAAAAACCUUAUACGUCAUUGACCCAUGUAUCUUUUUUAACUCCUAAAUUUAGUUCAUCCUUUAAUUUCUGUUUUUUUUAUUUAUGCUGCUGUAAUCUUGGAAUUUCCCCCUGUGGGAUUUUUUAAAUUUAAAUAUCUAGAUUUUAAUAAAAAUAAAAAGUCUUAAUUGAAUGAGUUUAUUUCCUAAGAAAAAAAAAAACAGAGAAGUGCUAUGCCUUUAAAAUGGUGAAAGAAAUAUUGCUUAAACCGCUGCACUUUAAAGUACAGGGGGUAUUGAUCAGUUUGAUUGAUCCUGCAGGGAACCUGCUGAACAGCCUGAUGGGUUCAGGCGAGGAUGAUGAUGCAGCUGAAGAAGCCCAGGAGGACAGCAGCCCCAUAGAGCUAGACUGAGCCCACGACACCCUAACAAAGAGAACAAAUGAACAGAAUAAAAGAAGAGGAAGAUCUCGUCGUCGCCUCUGUCCUUUACCUCCACAACAAGGACGGAGUGAGGCGCCAGCCUGUGUUUUCAGAGGCGUGCUGUUUCCAACCCCCCCCUCCCCUCCAACCCAUCAAAGUCUAAAAUCAAAGCAAGUAUCAGGCCACAAAAUCCUUCCCUUCAGCACUGCCGGGACUAACUGCAUCAAACUGCAAACUCUUUGUUAAUUAAUCGUAAGAUCAUGUUUUUUUGUUUGGCUCAUUAUUUUUGUUAGUUUGGGACUCUCUUUAUUUAGGGUGUUUGCUUUUUAAACUCAUACCCAGCUGCCCUCUCCCUGUGAAAACCUGCUCCAAACAGGAAGGCAGGGUUUGAGUCUCCCAUAGGAGAGAACAGCAUCGCAUGUACACACACCCGUCUUUAUCAUGAAGGUCAUUAUGAGAGGGUUUAGUCAACUCACUACAUUUAUCCAACUGCUUUGUUUGCCAGACAGCCACAAGGAGCUGCUGAUAUUGGCACAUUUCAAUAACUUAACUCCGUUAUAAGCCUCUUCUUUGGGUAGUGAAUAAAAAUUUCUCCUGUUGUCAAGGCAACCUUCUAUUUCAUCGUCUCAAUUGUGGACAAAACCUCAAUAGGACUGCGAGAUAUAAUAAGAGUUCCUUCUCUGCCUCACGGGUCAUUUCCAGUCGUCUGCAAACAUCCAGCUGUCUGGAUCCUUUUAAGUUUCAUUGUGCACUUCCUGAACUGGUCAUCAGCUCGAUUGAAUCUCAGAGAGGAACUUUGUGGAAAAAUCCAAGUUAUACAUUUUAUUGUUACAGCUUUCAAGUCUUGAGUGAUGAGUUGCAGUGGGGAGUUUGAAGCGCUUAUUAUUUAGGUUUCGCUGGAUGUUGGCUCUUGCUGCCUGUGUGUCACUGUGAAAAAUAAAAAGUCAAAUGUUGGGGUCCUCCUCUAACUUUGUUAAGUCAUGAGACACUGUGAUAACCUGUCUGUCGGAGUCGAGCUUGCUUUUCAUGUUAUAAAAUGCUUACAUCCAACCAAGCCUGUUACCUGACUACUUCUAGUCUCUGAAGAUGUUUACUUUGUACCUCUUUUGAACAGUUCCUCCUGGAGAUGGAUCAGUAAUUCAGCAUCAGUUCAGCCAGUGCACAAUCAGAAGUGUGAUUCAUACAGCUGCUCCUGUCGAUCAGUGUUAACUUUAUCAGCCCACGGAGAACACACUCAUCCUGCUCUCUCAUCAGUCCUCUGCUUCAUUUUGUCCUCAUUUUGACAUUUGAUCUGCCUCGGCUUUGACGGUCUUAGAUUUUAUAGCUGUGCUUCAGCUCAUUUAAAAUUGUUGAACAAAUAUAAGUUAAAGAAUUAGGGAAGUAGCAAAGUCCAGAGGUCUUCAAAUGUAGCCUAAUGUUUAUUAACUGCUAUGUAAUUAUCCUUUAGGGACCAUGGAUCACUACAUGGCUAGACCUAAAAUAUACAGAAAUUACUGUGUUGUUGAAAUAACCAUGUUAAACCAAAAAUACAGUGGUUUAACUCAUUGUAAUUAUAAUCAUUCGUUUCAUAAGGUGCUUGUCUAACAGUGGCUGUUUUGGACUGAUAUUCAAAGUGCUGCAGAUGGACAGAUAGAGUAGAGGACUGCACAUAUUUCAGUGACUCAGCGUUGUGUGUAACAGCUGUUUGGAAAUAGUUUUCUGAAGCAGGAGGAGCUUCUCUCCCCGUGGGCCUCCAAGUGAAGCAGCUGAAGUGUGUGAGAAAGACCCAGGCAAAGUGACUGUUCCUAUUUCAAUCAUUUGAUCACUAAAUUCACACAUUUUAUUGAUUAUUUUCUCAACUGUUAUGAUUUGACUUAUAUUUAAAGUUAUUUCAUACUCACCUGAAAGUCACAUUUUGGUACUCAUUCAUGUUUUAAUACCCGGCAGUGUAAAGGUGUGUGACCAAAGGCCUGUCCGUGUCUGAAAACAUCAUUAUAGCUGCUUGUUUUUGAUAAUUAUAUUCCUUUGAGAACUAAAGAGGAGUGUUUGCCUUUUCAAUGAUUCACUAAUUGAGUAAAUAAACUACAACUGAGAAGAGUUUGAGAAUGUCUUGAAACCAAAAUUGUCCAGUCUGUUUCUUUUUUUUGUUGCGUCGUUGUAAUGUUCAUAAUUGAAGAAUAACAAAAAAACCACUCUUAAAUAUGAAAUAUGCACAAGUAUUAAAAAGGUUUUACAAUCGUUUAACUUAAAAAUUAGAAAUAAGACCAAAAUCUUUUUUAUUUAUUUACAAAGCAAGGUGUUUAUUUCUGCAAAUGAAGCAUGUCGUUAAAACCUGCAAUAUGUUAAACGCUAGCAUGAGCAAAUACACUACUAAACAAUGUAGAACAGAUGUGUUUAAAUUCAUUAGCAUGUUUAUUUAAAGCUAUUUGUUUUAGUAUGUUACAACAGCCUCCAACAUCUGUGACAGAAAAAUGAGACUGAAACUACAGCUGGUAUGUUUUUUUAAGAGGACUAGAAAUGGUUCAAAUACAUGUCAUUUUGGUUUGUUUUCACUCUGAACCACCGAGUAACACACUGAAGUAUUUCUCAGCUUAUUUUAUUAAAGUACCUCCAAAUGUUGACACUGAAAAAGAAGAAA